AAAGCAAGAGGGAUCCAUAAGAUCCACAAGUCGGGCCCGACCUCAUCAGACGAGGCAACCACUCAAUCCGAGUCUGAUGAGGAAAUGGCCGUCCACAAGGUGUCCCGCCCCCCCAGGCGGGAAAACCCACAGCAUGGCGACCGGGGAGAGCGAUGCGGCAGCUGCAGAGGCGACCACCCCAGGGCAAACUGCAGAUGGAGGGACGCGACCUGCCGCCGAUGCCUGAAGAGGGGCCACAUCGCCGAGGCCUGCAGAGCCACAGACCCAGCCCCGGAACCGCCCAGACCACGAUUCCGGGAAAAUCGCAAAGAUAACCAGAGGACAUCCAAACGGUCCUCAAACCAGUCCCGGCGCGGGGAGGAGGAAUAUCCCCGAAACAGAACGGUGCACCAGACCACCACCAUUGCUCACACAAGCGACGAGGGGACCACCAAGUUCCACGUGACGCUGCUAGCAGAGGGGUCUCCGUGCAAGAUGGAGGUAGACUCCGGAUCCGCCUACUCCAUCAUGGACUGGCAGCACCUACAACAGCUGAAACCGGCAUACAAAAGGACCCAGCUGAAAACCCCGAAAGCGAGACUUGUGGACUUCAACGGAAACCCCAUUGAAAUCCUAGGCAGAGCCACCAUCCACGUGAAGUACAACGACUUCGACGGAAAGCUACCCAUCACCAUCGUGCAGCACAGCCGACCGAACCUGUUGGGUGUGGAGUGGUUCAAGCCGCUAGGACUUUCACUUCAGGGCAUCCACGAGAUCCGCAGGGACGAACUCGACUCCAUCAUCGAAGAGUUCAAAGAAGUCUUCGAUGAAAGCCACAGUUGCUGAGCCACUCCACCG